AUGUAUCGGAAUAUUUUUACAUUGAUUUACUAUAAAUUAAUCAGUAUAUUUUUCAUUAUAUCACCAAUCAUAAACACUAUUUAUUCUUCACAUUCACGUUCGGCUCUUUGUUUUCUCAUUCGACAACCUUCUUCCGAAACAGUUGAGUUUGCUCUUGAAUUAGCACAAAAUAUAUCAUCUAUAGAUGUAUUUAUUAUUGUUGACAAUAAUACUGUUAUUACUCUACCGACAUUAUCAUCUAAAGUUCAAUUUCUUCAAUUCAAUGACACUAUUGGUACAAAAUAUGGUUUUCAACAAGCUAAUGUUUUGGGCUCUGGCAAAAUUUGUUCAGCAUGGGAUAAAGCACUUUAUUACUUUUCAAGACAAUCUAAUUAUUAUUCAUUUGUAUGGUUUGUUGAAGAAGAUGUUUUUAUUCCUUCAAUUCAAGCAUUUCUUUCUUUACACGAACUUUAUUAUUCAUCCUAUGAUCUUGUUACUGCUGGUAUUAAAUAUAACAUAAACGGAAAUUUAACUAGUUGGCGUCAUUGGUAUUUGGCACCUGGGACAUUUGUUCUUCCAUGGGCUCAUGGAAUGGUAUGUGCUAUAGGUUGUAGUCGUCGAUUAUUAUUAGGUGUUAAUGAAUAUGUACAAUGGAGAGGCCAUCUAACAUUUAUUGAAUUCUUAUUUCAUACAUUAUCUAUUCAAGAUAAUAAUAUGAAAGUUGUAACACCAUUUGAAUUAGAUACAAUAAUUUAUCGAAACGAAUAUACAUUUGAACAGAUACAAGCAAGACCAAACAAUUGGUGGCAUCCAAUAAAAAAUUUUGAUCAACAAAGAGAAUGGCGAAAGUGGUAG